CCUGUUGCAUCUAUUUUGGCACGAGCAUUUAAUAUAGGUGAGCACGGUUUCUCUGCCCCCACGCGCUCUCAAUUCAAUUAGAUUCAAAAGGCUUUAUUGGCAUGACUGCAUACAAUACAACGUUGCCAAAGCAUGUUUACAUAAAAUGUACAAGCACAAUUAACAUAAAUAAAUAAAAAACAAACAAUAAGCUCUCUCUCUCUCACACACACACUCCGUGCCACUCUCUCUCUCCGCGCGGGCGUUCUCUCUCCGCCGUGUAGACGUUAGGACCGCGCAGACUCGACUCGUAAGUGCGACUAGGCAGUUGGGUGUCUUCUGGAGUCCAGUAUUCAGCGCUCUACAACCGGAGUAGACACAGGUCCCCUCUUCCCUUGGCUGAAAAGGAUUUAAUCGGCUUCAGACGACCGCGAUUCUUCCACUCAGCGUCCAGUGGUUUCGGUUUGGGUCGCUCCGGGACCUGCCCUAAUCAUGGAGCACAACUAAUUAGUUUUGGUGCUUUUGUUGUCGGACGAAGAAAGUCUCCGACUCACUUUCCUCUUUCAGUAGAGGCGAGCUCGUAGUUUUCUUUUUCUCUUUUUUUUUGGUAGGGGGUCUGCGUCUCCUGCUUUGUAAAAGCGGCCAUCCCCGUGAACGGUGCCCCUUCCUCCGUCUAAAAACGACUCUCUCUCCCCCCCCUGGCUGGAUUAAAAAACCUCUUCGCCGUCCCAGCACAAUGAAUUCGGAUAUAAACAUGUACUUGGGCCGGGAGAAAGCGGGGCUGAUGCGCAAAAGAGCUCUUCUACUGAGAAAGGGUUGCAGCUUCGAAAUAACAAGCUCUGCAUCAGAAGACCUGGGCUGCCGGAGAGGGGAGUUCAGCCGCAAGCACUACGGAUCUGUGGAGCUGCUGAUCUCCAGUGAUGCCGAUGGAGCUAUUCAAAGAGCUGGACGCUUCCGGGUGGAAAACGGCUCGUCUGAUGAGGCUACGGACUUUACCCCGGGAACUUGGAGGAGAACCGACGUCCAUCUGGAGAACCCGGAAUACCACACCAGAUGGUUCUUCAAGUAUUUCCUGGGAAAAGGUUACAUUUUUUCUGCUUCUGUGGAGUCAGAGAUGGGCAGCGAGAGCUUCGACAAGUUCCUCAACCUCAUGGGAGACACAGUGUGCCUGCAGGGCUGGGCAGGGUACAGAGGUGGCCUGGACACCAAGAAUGACACUACAGGGAUGAACUCCAUCUACACGGUGUACCAGGGUCACGAGCUCAUGUUCCACGUCUCCACCAUGCUCCCCUACUCCAAGGAGAACAAGCAGCAGGUGGAGCGAAAGAGGCACAUCGGGAAUGACAUCGUCACCAUAGUAUUCCAGGAGGGAGAAGAUGCCUCUCCGUCUUUCAAGCCGUCCAUGAUCCGAUCCCAUUUCACACACAUAUUUGCCUUAGUUCGAUAUUAUAGCCAGAAUGACAGCUACAGGUUGAAGAUCUUCUCGGAGGAGAGCGUGCCUCUGUUCGGUCCCCCCCUACCCUCCCCACCAGUGUUUACAGACCACCAGGAAUUCAGGGACUUUUUGUUAGUCAAAUUAAUAAAUGGAGAGAAGGCCACUCUGGAGACGCCCACCUUUGCCCAGAAGCGUCAGCGCACUCUGGACAUGCUGAUACGCUCCCUCUACCAGGACCUGAUGCCAGACCUGCAUAAGAACAUGCUGAACCGCCGAUCCUUCAGCGACGUGCUCCCCGAGUCGCCCAAAUCAGCGCGCAAGAAAGAGGAGGCCAGACAGGCUGAGUUUGUACGCGUGGGCCAGGCCCUGAAGCUGAAGACGAUCGUGCGAGGGGACGCCCCCACUAGUCUGGUGACCACAGGACUCUGCAGGAAAGAGCCAUGGGAAUCACAGUCCUACUGCACUAGUUUCCCCUAUGAGAUUGUCUGCGCGGACUCGUGGGGUCAGUCUUUAAUGGUUGCCACGGACAACGCUGGGGUCAUGUUACUGGAAGCUCCGGAUCCUCUGUUCUCCAACAGCGAUUCGCCGGUGCUGCCCCCAGUGCAGGUGUUUGACAAGAGCAUGGCGGUCAAGCAGAUCCAUGUGCUGGAGCCCCAGGACCUGCUCAUCUUACGAGCAGAUAAAGGGAAGGACGCCCGUCUGUAUGUGUUCAGACUGAGCGUGCUCAGACGAGGCCUGGAGGAGAGACAGCUGGUCAGAGCCAAGUGUGACAGUCGAGAGAACAAGCUGGAGAAAACCAAAGGGUGCCAUCUUUACUGCAUAAACACACACCACGGGGCGGAGCUACGGAUCAUCGCUGCCAUCCGGAACAAGCUGCUGCUCAUCACCAGGAAGCAGUCCAGGCUGGGCCCCUUCCCCCCGCCGGGGCUCACACACUCCGAGUCGCCCGUGGAGGAGUUUCAGUACAUCAGGGAGAUCUGCCUGUGCGACUCCCCAGUUGUCAUGGCGCUGGUUGACGGAGCGACGGGAGAGAACGACAACAUGAUCUGCGUCGGAUACAAGCAUCAGUUUGACAUGAUCAACGAAAGCACUGGAGACGCCUACAGACUCCAUCACAUAGAGUCCAACCGCGUGAACUUUGUGGCAGCCAUAGAUGUUUAUGAGGAUGGGGAGGCUGGACUACUGCUCUGUUAUAACAAUAUCUGCUCCUAUAAGAAGGUGUGUCCUUUCAACGGGGCCACGCCCAUGAUCCAGCCCAGCGCGUCCGACUUCCACUUCAGCUGGAACCAGAUGCCUAACGGCAUAGUGUGUGCGUUCCCCUACAUUCUGGCCUUCACCAUCGACUCCAUCGAGAUCCGUCUGGUCGUCAACGGCAACCUGGUGUACACGGCAGUGGUCCCGGAGCUGCAGCUGACCGCCUCCAGGGUAGGAAUCUGUUACCACGACAACCACCCUGCCCAGACACACACCGUCUGUGUGAUGUCAUCAGUUGGGCUCAGUGACCACACCCUGGGCUCUCUGACCUCUGUGUCUGUUGUUUUGUUUUCAGCUCCGGAUCCUCUGUUCUCCAACAGCGAUUCGCCGGUGCUGCCCCCAGUGCAGGUGUUUGACAAGAGCAUGGCGGUCAAGCAGAUCCAUGUGCUGGAGCCUCAGGACCUGCUCAUCUUACGAGCAGAUAAAGGGAAGGACGCCCGUCUGUAUGUGUUCAGACUGAGCGUGCUCAGACGAGGCCUGGAGGAGAGACAGCUGGUCAGAGCCAAGUGUGACAGUCGAGAGAACAAGCUGGAGAAAACCAAAGGGUGCCAUCUUUACUGCAUAAACACACACCACGGGGCGGAGCUACGGAUCAUCGCUGCCAUCCGGAACAAGCUGCUGCUCAUCACCAGGAAGCAGUCCAGGCUGGGCCCCUUCCCCCCGCCGGGGCUCACACACUCCGAGUCGCCCGUGGAGGAGUUUCAGUACAUCAGGGAGAUCUGCCUGUGCGACUCCCCAGUUGUCAUGGCGCUGGUUGACGGAGCGACGGGAGAGAACGACAACAUGAUCUGCGUCGGAUACAAGCAUCAGUUUGACAUGAUCAACGAAAGCACUGGAGACGCCUAUAGACUCCAUCACAUAGAGUCCAACCGCGUGAACUUUGUGGCAGCCAUAGAUGUUUAUGAGGAUGGGGAGGCUGGACUACUGCUCUGUUAUAACAAUAUCUGCUCCUAUAAGAAGGUGUGUCCUUUCAAUGGGGCCACGCCCAUGAUCCAGCCCAGCGCGUCCGACUUCCACUUUAGCUGGAACCAGAUGCCUAACGGCAUAGUCUGUGCGUUCCCCUACAUUCUGGCCUUCACCAUCGACUCCAUCGAGAUCCGUCUGGUCGUCAACGGCAACCUGGUGUACACGGCAGUGGUCCCGGAGCUGCAGCUGACCGCCUCCAGGUCUGAUAUCUACUUCGUGUCGUCGGCCCCUGUGAGUUCCGCCUCUAACUGCAGCUCCAGAGACACCAGCACACAGAGCUCCCCCCAGACCCCCACCGGAUACGAGAUGCCCGUCUUCCCCUCGCCCCUCGGAGAUGGUGAGGCCCAAUCCAAACACAUCUACAAGAUCCCCUUGAGUAACUUGGUGGGGCGGAGCAUUGAAAGGCCCCUCAAGUCCCCAUUGGUCAAUAAGGUGGUGACCCAUCCGGCCGCCAGUGUGAUAAACCCCGCCCCCAUCAUCCCUUCCACGCCCUCCCUGUCUCUGUCCCGCAUGGAGAUCAAAGAGAUCGCCAGCCGCACACGCAAGGAGCUCCUGGGUCUGAAGGAGGAGCCCAGCAGUAAGUCUGAGAGCAGUUCAGUGAAGCAGAGGAAGAUCAGCAAGAAACCCACUGAGGACGAGCCGAAGAGAACAGGCAGCUGUACUAGCGAGCGGGCGGAGCUUGUGGACGGCGAAUCAGAUGUCCAGCUUCACUGCUCCACCGGCUCAGAGGCUGGGCCACAGGAGUCAAGCCCGCCCCUGACCAACCCCUUGGCCACAUCCUUCGAGGAGGACAUCCUGGAUCUAAAGUGAUGACAAUCCCACAAUGCACCUCUCCCAUGGCAUCCCCUCUCUCCAAGUUGUUUGGCGAUUUUUGUUUGUUUGUUUAUUUCCUGUCCGUUUCAUUUCAGUUGUUUGCCUGUAUCAGCCGCUGUGGCAGCCUCAUGGCUUCAGAUGUGGAUGUGGUGUGUGUCGUGGGAUGUCAAAUGCAGUAGAAUCAAUCGGGUGGUGUGCGUGUUCGUUGUGUGUGUGUGUGU